AGCUCCAAACAGAGCAGGUGGGGCAGACAGCACUACGCAACCAUCGCCCUCCAGAGCUCCGAGACGGGAUAAAUAAUUUGUAAGGCAGGCAAAACGGACCCUCAAUCUACGGAGAUAGAGACAUAUAAGUUAAUUGCCGUGCCCCUCUGACUUCAAUUGACUCUUUUAUCUCUCUUUCCUAUACUCAACACCCAUACUCACAUCACAACCGCAAUCAUGUCUAGCUGCUGCAAGGAAGGCUUCAAGUGGAACGGCACCUCUGUCGGCAAGGAGACCAAGCUCGGCAAGAACGACGUCUACGUCACCGGCGACAACAAGGAUGCCGCCGUCCUCAUCAUCUGCGACGUCUUUGGCUGGAAGCUGCCCAAUGUCCGUCUGCUCGCCGACCACUACGCAAAGGAGGCCGAUGUGACCGUCUACGUCCCCGACUACUUCGAUGGCGAAGUCGUCGACGAAGACGCCCUGUCCAACCCCGAGAAGCGCGAAAAGUUCGACGUCAUGGCCUUCAUCGGUCGCAACAGCAAGGAAAUCCGCUGGCCCGAAAUCGUCGCAAACGCAAAGGAGCUCAAGUCAAACUACAAGAAGGUCGGCGCCAUCGGUUUCUGCUACGGCGCCUGGGCCGUCCUGCGUCUGGGUUCCAAGGACGAGCCUCUGAUUGAUUCCGCAUCCGUCGCUCAUCCUUCCCUGCUCGAGGAAAAGGAGAUUGCAAACAUUGGCGUUCCUGCUCAGUUCUUGAGUCCUGAGACUGAUCCUAUGUUUACUCCUGAGUUGAAGGAGUUUACGCUCAAGACUUUGCCUACUCUGGGUGUUCCGUUCAACUAUGACUACUACCCUGGUCUAGUUCACGGUUUCGCUACUCGUGGUGAUCAGAGUGACCCCAAGCAGAAGGAGGGUCUGGAGAGAGCCAAGAACUCUGCUGUUUACUGGUUCAAGCAGUACUUGCACUAGAUUGUGCACCUUGGCUGAGUUCUAGAGUUUAGUGUAUAUACCCCUGCAUGCUCAGAAGCUGUCGCUUGAGAUGCAAAUGAAUGAGAUGAAGUCACCCUACGUCUCUCGCCUACCCCACCUCCGCCGGUGUAUUUUCCAAUCGUGUUCAUCAACGUCUUGAUCACAUUGAGCCGCCUAUUGUACUACAAGAGAUAGUCCUCCCCUCCCGAUUCGUGCCUUCGGUAUCAAGCUUCUUGCGAAGCACUUGCUCAGGGGAACCGCGAUGCCUUUCUUGUGGAGUUUGAAUUGCUCAACCAGGCUCUCAGGAAGCAUUGGGUAGUUUUCCUUGUCCCUACGGAUCGCAUUCUCCAUAUCUGUGAGUGGAGCUUCGAGAAGUGUG